GGCAGCCCAGCCCCACUGUGGGCUCAGGGCUGUGAGCACCAUGGCCUGGACUCCUCUGCUCCUCGCGCUCCUCUCUCACUGCACAGGGUCCCUCUCCCAGCCUGUGCUGACUCAGCCGCCCUCCCUCUCUGCAUCUCUGGGAUCCACAGCCAGACUCACCUGCACCCUGAGCAGUGGCUUCAUUGUUGGUGGUUCUUGGAUAUCCUGGCACCAGCAGAAGCCAGGGAGCUCUCCCCGUUAUCUCCUGGUAUAUAAAUCAGACUCAGAGAAGUAUUAUGGCUACGCGGACCCCAACCGCUUCUCUGGUUCCAAAGACACGUCCGCCAAUGCGAUGCUCCUGCUCAUCUCGGGGCUGCAGCCUGAGGACGAGGCUGACUAUUACUGCACUACAGGUCAUGGCAGUGGGAGCAGCUAUCGUUACACACAGUGUCUCAGAUGUCGAGGAAGUGAGACCAAAACCCGUGGGCCCCAAGGUGAGGUUUUCAGAGGAAAGUGA